CUAUAUUUACCAUGUGCUGUUGUUGUUGUUUAAUUUGAAAAGCCGGUAAAUUUGUGUUAUGUAUGCAGCCGCAUCGCAAUUGCCUAAAUAUCCAGCUGCAUGCAGUCGACUGGGCCAACGCUUGGUCAGCUAUAUGCUGGGCAUCGAAACCUCCUGCGAUGACACCGGCAUUGCCAUAGUGGACACAAGCGGCCGAGUGCACGCCAAUGUGCUUGAGUCCCAGCAGAAGUUUCACACCCGUUACGGCGGCAUUAUACCACCACGUGCUCAGGAUCUUCAUAGAGCGCGCAUUGCAGCUGCCUAUGAGCGGUGCCUGGAGCAGGCGCAACUGCAGCCGGAGCAGCUGGCCGGGAUUGCGGUGACCACACACCCGGGCCUACCCUUGAGCUUAAUUGUGGGUCUGCGCUUUGCCCGCCAUCUGGCACGCCGCCAUCACAAACCUAUGUUGCCCGUACACCACAUGGAGGCGCAUGCCUUGCAGGCGCGCAUGGAGCAUCCGACUGAAAUAAGUUAUCCAUACCUAUGCCUGCUCAUUAGCGGUGGCCACAGCCAACUGGCGAUGGUUAAUGGGCCUGGUCGGCUGACGCUGCUCGGCGAAACACUGGACGACGCACCUGGCGAGGCAUUCGAUAAGAUUGCACGACGUCUGCGGCUCUAUGUGCUGCCACAGUACAGACUGUGGAAUGGCGGACAGGCCAUUGAACAUGCUGCUCGAGAUGCCAAGAACCCGACUGCAUUCGAGUUUCCAUUGCCUUUGGCGCAACAGCGCAAUUGCAAUUUCAGCUUUGCGGGCAUCAAGAACAAUUCCUUUCGUGCUAUACGCAAGCAGGAGCGCGAGGAGCGAACACCUCCAGAUGGCAUCAUUAGCAACUAUCGGGACUUCUGUGCGGGUCUGCUAAAUGCAGUCAGUCGCCAUCUUAUGCAUCGGACGCAACGCGCUCUGGAGUACUGUUUGGAGCGGCAGCUCUUUGGAGCUGCGCCGCCCACACUUGUCAUAUCGGGAGGCGUGGCGAACAAUGAUGCCAUUUUCGAGAAUCUAAAGCAUUUAGCUAACGCCUACAACUGCCGCUGUUAUCGACCGUCAAAGCUCUACUGCUCCGACAACGGAGUCAUGAUUGCCUGGCAUGGCAUCGAGCAGCUUCUCCAAGAUCCAAAUCAGAGUCUGCGACUGGACAUUGACAAGAUCGACAUCGCAGGCAGCGCUGGAUUUCAGCAGUCGAUGGUUGCCGAUGUAGAAUUGGCGGCCAUCAAAUGCAAGUGGAUUAAACCGCUCUAGUGGAGCACGGUCUUUAAAAAAGAAAUCUAUGUACUAUAACUGUUGUAAUAUAAAAGUACUAUAACUGAUAAGAUUUUGUUAAUACAUGCAGACAAGGCUGAUUGAGUCAUCUGACGUUAAUA